UACACAGCGCAAGUCGGCACGCAGAGGCUGUUGCGGUAGCGCAGAGGCUGAGUAGGGGGAUGCGAAGUAGCAGCAAUACCUCCAGCAGGCGAAGCAGAAGCAAAAGCGGGGGCAGGACCGGGAGCAGCGGGAACCUGGGCGUCAUCGCGGCCAAGGCGCGAGGCGAACAACACACUCGUUCGAGUUCGGUUGUCGACCUGGUUGACAUCCUCGAGAAGAAGGAGCUGUCGGCCGCCGAGGUCAUGGUCAUUCGACAAAGCAUGGUGCAGACUCAAGACAGACUGUUUGUAGCCACCAACCCUAACGAGGUCGGUGGUGGUCCCGGUGCCGGUUCGGCCGAACGAAAGAGCUCGGCGGCAUCGGCUGCGGCGAUGGGGGAGGUGGUUGGCGACGACAGCAUGGUCGUGGGCAAGGGCAUCAUGAUCAAGGGCGACGUUGACAACUGCGCGACUCUAAUCGUGGAAGGCUACUUCGAGGGAAACUUUCGGGGGGGGUUCCUAGCGGUGCCAAAGGGCGGGAAGUACGUGGGGAUGGCUGAAGUGCGAAGAGCUGAUAUCGGCGGCCGGUUGCACGGAACCCUCAGCGCGAGCACCCUACUCGAGGUGCGGGCAUCCGGCAAGAUCGAGGGUAUGGUGCGCUAUAACGAUGUCAAGCUCGAGCAGGGGGGCAGCAUGGUCGGCGAUAUCCAGCAAGGAACGAAAACGUAGCUGGACGGCUUACCACCAACUGGUACUUAUCGCCGCGUGCGCGAUGAUGACGGCCUCGCGCCGUAACUGCUGUAUGAUGUGCUUCGAUUGCAAUCGGAGCAUGUAUGUCCCGCUGCUGCUGGGGUCUGUUACAGACGGGGCGGUUCUGUAGGUCUUCCUUGUGAGGAUACCACACCCUCUGUCAAGCCGUGCACUUGCAAGUAGUACUCUGCUGCUCGAAUCGCUCUUGUGGCGUCCUUGUUACGUCCUGUUCAGUGUACUCGGUUCAUGUGUCUAUUGUGCUCCGUCAGGUGUAACAUUCAUUUAGGUCGUCUCGAGAGCCGGUAGAAGCAGAUCCGCGGCAGAUGAGUGUUCAUCGCUGGAAAGGUUUAGUAUUUUUUUUCCGUGUCACUUCGUCUGUAUAUGUACAUUACCUACUGAAUAUCUACGGUUGGGUGUUUCAAGAAUAUUAAUCAGUCCCAUGUUGUACACGGAGCGUACAAUAUUAUAGCCGACGUGGUAGUGUCAUUCGUGUUCUUCGACGUAUAAGUAGUGGAGACGUUUAACACUUUGAAGGCGUUACCAUGGUCGUGCACCCUGUCGUCUCGUAUUUUGGUUUUUCAGGACCCCCAAAACUUUCCACCCGACUGCAGGGAGGGUAGUGGAAGGUAUUCUAUACCAGGGGGCAUGUUUUCGUUUCGUUCUUUUUGAGAGUGACGUGGUAGGAAUGGGAUACGACAGAUGUUGACGGGAAUUCUAUUGAGAAGGCAAGGCACUAUGAGUUUUAUCGCUACUUGCUGGUGUUCUUGUCUUGGAAAACUUUUGGUUAGGCCCGCCUCGUGGAACACUUUAGGUUUAGCCGACGCUUAUACUCCGCGAAACACAAGCACUAAAUGUGAAUCCGACUUUGGCGUAAUACACAACAAGGCCUUGCGCGCCAGCAAAAAGCAAAAAACACCCG